UUCAGAAUGAAAAAUGAGGAAGAGGAGGCAAUAACAUUUAAAGAAGAAAAUGAGGAUGUUAUAGUGAAAGAAGAGGAAGAACCUUUUAGAGUGAAAGAUGAAGAGGGGAUAGAGGCUGUCACAGUGAAAGAAGAAGAGGUAGAAGCUUUCAGAAUGAAAAAUGAGGAAGAGGAGGCCAUAACAUUUAAAGAAGAAAAUGAGGAUAUUAUAGUGAAAGAACCUUUUGGAGAGGAAGAGGAGGCUAUCUUACAUAAAGAGGAGGAGGAAGAUGUAUUGGGAGAUGAAGAGGAGGUGGAAGGAGAGGAAGAGGAGGCUGAAGAUCUGAUUAUCACCAGAGAGAGACCAGACUCUCACUCUGACAGCGGGAAGAGUCCUUCAGUGGAACCAGACCCAGAGAUUCCCAAACCAGCGACAGGACACAACUGCUCCCAGUGUGGAAAGAGUUUUAAGUGGUUAUCUAAGCUCAAAGAGCAUGAGAGAACACACGCAGGAAAAAAGCUCUUCCAAUGUUCCCAUUGUGAAAAGAGAUUUAACCAGUCAUCACUUCUGAAAGAGCAUGAGAGAAUACACACAGGAGAAAAGCCUUUCCAAUGUCCCCAGUGUGGAAAGGGUUUUACAUGGUUAAG